AUGAUAGAAGCCCGGCGUAAACAGGCUCGCCGGGAGGUCGUCGAGCACUGGCAAGAACGCCUGCCCCAUGUAAGGGCAGGCUUGAGGGUGGUCGAGGCCGUUGUCCCGGUUCUAAUGGAAUGGGUGGGCAGGAGGCACGGGGGUCUCUCGUUCCACACGACGCAGGUGCUCUCCGGGCAUUGCUGUUUCGGAGAGUACCUGCACGAGAAGGUCGGGCGGGAGGCCACCACCAAGUGCCAUCACUGCCCAGAGGUGAGGGACACGGCGCAGCACACCUUGGAGGUGUGCCCUGCUUGGGCGAAUGAGCGCCGUGCCCUCGCUGACAGGAUAGGAGUCGGCCUCGACCUUCCUGCUGUAGUGGGCAGAAUGCUCGCCAGUGCCGACGACUGGGCAGCGGUGGCCUCCUUCUGCGACACCGUCAUGUCGCGGAAGGAGGCUGCCGAACGGGCGCGGGAGGAAGCUCCCGACGCGCCGCCAGAAAGAAGGCGAAGAAGGGGGGGAGGCGUAGAAGGUUCCUGCAACAACAUCAGCAGGGACCACCUCCUCCUCCUUAAAUAA